AUGGCCCCGCAGAGAGACCUGCGGCCCAACAGGCAGCUGGGGAACCUGGUGGAGUUAGUGAAACGUCUGAGGCUGCAGGCGGGGCCAGAGCCAGAGGGGCAGCGAGUGUGUGAGAGGCACCAGGAGGCUCUGAAACUCUUCUGCGAGGAGGAUCAAACACCCAUCUGCGUGGUUUGUGACAGAUCCCGAGCUCAGCGCGCUCACAUGGUGGUUCCCAUUGAGGAGGCUGCCCAGGAGUACAGGACAUACAUUGACCCCAAACCAGCCCCGAGAACCAUCGUCUGUUUGCAGGAGCAAAUCCUGAGCCGCCUGCAGCAUUUGCGGGAGGAGAGAGAAGAGCUCCUGGGACUGAAAUCCAACUGGGACAAGAAGAGUGAGAGGCUCCUGAAGCAGACGGAAGUGGAGCGGCAGCUGGUGGUGUCCGAGUGCGAGCGGCUGCGCCAGUUCCUGGCUGAACAAGAGCGCCUCCUGCUGGCCCAGCUGGCAGAGCUGGACGAGGAGAUGGGGACGAGGACGGAGGAAAAUGCCACCCACCUGGGUGAGGAGAUUUCCCGGCUCAGCGCCCUGAUCACGGAGCUGGAGGGGAAGUGUCAGCAGCCCGUGCUGGAACUGCUGCAGGGUGUCAGAAGCGCUGUGAGCAGGACUCAGAAGAGCCCGAGGAUUCGCAG